AUGGUGCUGAAGCAGAUUGGUGUCCGCACCACUCACGACAAGGUGCUGGAGGAACGUGAGAAUGCCUUGAUGGAGGCGAUUGCAAAGGAGAACGAGAACCCGUUUCAGCGGGCGGCUGACGCUAUGCUCGGCGCGGUCAGCCACUUGUACACCAACUACUUAUACACGUCUGGAACACUGCUGCUGGCGUGGACGUGGUGGGGGCUCUAUCCACGCUACGCACGCUUUCGUCAGAAGCACAUCAUGCGCUUCCGUCGCGGGCGGCAGUCUGAAUUCCGUCGAUGGUUCUUUUACACGCGGCAUAUACCCAAGUGGGACAAGAAAUACCUUCAGCGUCUGGAGCUGCCGCGUCGGAUGAGGCCAGGGGUGGUUCCAGUUCACAACUUCUCGCCGAACGCGAAUGUGGGUUCCACCUUGGCCUCCGCGAAUUCUUCAUCGGUAGCUUUGUCGCAUGAUGCAGACGCGGGGGCCGUAGCGCCUUCGGCCCAUGCAACUGCAGGAGAUGCGGCACCUUUUAUCACGGUUCGCCUCACAGAUGGAGCUUCGUUUGCGGGUGGAUCCCGUGCGAAAAUGGAGAGGACUGUCACUUCUGGUGUGUGUAGCCUGAACGAAUCCUUGCAGCAGCAGCUAGAGGAGGGGCGCAUAUUAGGCUGGGACUCUGUGGACCCCGUUGUGAUGCAAGGGGAAGUGCAGCAGCUAGUGAAGAAGGCUGGUGGUGUUGUUGUGCUGAAGGAAACACACGAAACGCGGCGCUCUGUGCCCGUGGACCGCGAGGUGUGGUGGGUCUCGCUCGAGGAGGCAAACCGACGACGGGAGUGGUGGUUCUGGUUGCAGGUGCUCGUGGCCGCCCGCAUCUUGGAGGACCUACUCGACAUGCCGGAGAUGCCUGACUUUGUGCAGUAG